UGAGCGGCGUUACAAGUCAGCAAGAGCACCUGUAUAUAGUUGGAAUAUAGCGUGCGGCUUUGCCCCAGGCCGACUUUGGCGACCAAGUGAAGGCAAAACUGUGCGGCGGAUGUGCAACAGCAGGCCUGCGCUCGAAUAUCCGCUCAGCUUCAAGUUCAAGCCGAGCUUAGAUCGGCCGCCGAGUCGGUAAUACCUUCGGACUCACCACCCAGCCCACCUGGCCGGUAUUCACCACACCUGGCGGCGCGCACGCGCAUCGUGCCAAAAACGGACGUCUGGCUGAAACACUUCGCUGGAGCUGCUGGAGCCAGACGCAAGCAAAGCGCUUCGCCGCCGCCUCAAAACCGUAUCGAAAUCGCGAUCAAGUUCGCAGGUCCUGCGACUACUAUAAGGAUUAAAAACCGAAAAAACUGAAAACUACAAAAUAAUGCUACCAACGAGUGGCUCAUAUUGAAUUCUGUGUAUGUGUGUGUGCCCGUUACAAGCUUCCAGUUAAAAGCACUUGCACCUGCACCUGCCUCAAUCAACCUCUUCCUCAACCCAAAAAUACCUUUACUAUAAAUAGUACAACAAAAUCCACAAAAUGGCCUGCUUGAGCACUUCCGGUCGCGUUGUGUGCGGUUCGCGUCGCCAGCAGACGCACAAACUAUUCUACCAGCUGUUUGGUUCCCGGCCAGGAUACACGACAAGAUCCGGAACUGGAGCGAAUAUGCCAGGACUACAUAGAACACAGCAAAUGCAGCUGCAGCAGGCGAUACGACCAUUUCAUGGAGUAUGCUUCAACAUCGGGAAGGAUUACCGCGAUCUGCUGCAAAAUCCACAAAAUUGCAGCCAUAGCCGGAAUUAUUCCCAAUCCUCCAAGACACUGCUGGCGCAACAGCACAGUUCGGUGCACACACAACAGCCAGCUGGCCCUGUCCGGGAAAUCCAAAUCGAUCCAUACAUCAUACUAGACGACGAGCUGAAAUACUUCUACGAUGAUGUGAGAGAUCUGCUGCAAUCGGGUACAUCCCAGCCAGAAUUGGACACCAUUGCCAGCUAUUACUUCGAUGGCCAGGGCAAGGCACUGCGACCCAUGGUUACCAUGCUGAUGGCCAAGGCGAUAAACUAUCACCUCAACAAAGAGUCACACCAAUUAGUACACAAACAACGACAGAUCGCCCUCUUCUCGGAGAUGGUACACUCGGCCAGCUUAGUGCACGACGAUGUCAUCGAUCAGUCGGACUUCCGACGCGGCAAGCCCAGCGUGAACGCUCUAUGGAAUCAUAAAAAGGUUACAAUGGCUGGUGAUUAUAUCUUAUCGGUGGCCUCGAUUAUGAUAGCCCGUCUGCGCAGCGAUGAUGUGACGAUCGUGCUGAGUCAGAUCUUGACCGAUUUGGUCCAAGGCGAGUUCAUGCAGCUCGGCUCAAGGGAAACGGAGAACGAGCGCUUCGCUCAUUACCUGACCAAGACAUACAGGAAGACCGCGUCGCUGAUUGCCAACGCACUGAAGGCGACCGCCGUGAUUGCCCAGGCCGAAGACAACGUGGCCGAGCUGGCCUUCCAGUACGGACGCAACAUUGGCCUGGCCUUUCAACUGGUCGACGACAUGCUGGACUUUGUCUCAUCCACCGAGCAGAUGGGCAAGCCUACGGCGGCAGAUCUGAAGCUAGGACUGGCCACAGCCCCGGUUCUUUUUGCUUGUGAAAAGUACCCCGAGCUGAAUCCGAUGGUCAUGCGGCGCUUCAGCGAGCCCGGCGAUGUGGAGCGCGCCUUUGAGCUGGUACACAAAUCACACGGCCUGGAGCAGACCCGAUUCCUGGCCAAGAAACACUGCAACGAGGCGAUACGGCUGGCCCAGGAGCUGACGGAAUCGCCCUACCAAAAGGGCCUGCAGGUCGUUGCGGAUUUAGUCAUCAAUCGCAUGAAAUAGACCAUAGUCCAUGCAAACACACACCCUAACAUAAAAUAACAAUAAUACACUUAAUGCAAUAAUAAUAAUAAUAAUAUUAUGUAGGCCACACUUGAUGUUUCGGUUAAGUUUUGUCAGCAAGCGAGCGUUUAACGUAAAAUUGUAAACAUUGUAAACGAUUUAUUAUUUAGUUUUAAGGCAUUUGUUGUUGACUCUGUAAAUAAUUGCAUAAACAAAACCAAUCAACAUGCUAAAACGGCAAACGUACGCUGUACAUAAAUACGAGAUGUUCAAUGAAUUUUAACCAAAUUUUAUAUGAAAUGUUUUGGGAAACUUUAUUUAUAUAUAGCAAAAAAAACAGACAACAAUAAGUAAACAAAAGAAAAUUGUACAAAUACUUCUUGAGAGUGGCCUAAGCCAAAAUGAAUAUG